AUCUGGCCCUAUAGCAAUUGUGUUAGAGAGUAGGAUUGUGUUACUGCUUCCCUUUAGCUCACCCGAACAGCACUACAAAGACUCUCUGAGAGAAACAGACCCUGUCAAUGGGAAAUUACAAAUCAAGACCAACCCAGACAUGUACAGAUGAGUGGAAGAAAAAGGUGAGCGAGUCCUACACAGUGAUUGUGGAGAAGCUGGAGGAUGACUGGCACAUCAAGGAGGCUGAGCUUGCAGAGCUCAAAUUCGCUUUUGGCUCUGAGGAGGCCUUCCAGAAGGUGAACGUGAGCUACAGAACAGAGGAAGGCCUAUCACUGUUGCAUCUGUGCUGCGUGUGUGGAGGGACCAAGGCUCACAUUCGCACCUUGAUGCUGAAAGGCCUGCGUCCAUCCAGACUCACGAGGAAUGGAUUCACGGCCCUCCACCUUGCCGCCUAUAAGGACAGUGCAGAGCUGGUGACGGCGUUGCUCCACGGGGGGUCUGAUGUCCAGCAGGUGGGCUACGGUGCGCUAACGGCCCUCCAUAUCGCCACGGUAGCAGGGCACCACGAGACGGUGGAUAUUUUACUACAACAUGGAGCUAAUGUCAACGUACAGGACGCCGUCUUCUUCACCCCCCUGCACAUCGCUGCCUACAACGGCCACGAGCAGGUGGCUAGGCUGCUCUUGAAGUUCGGGGCAGACCCCAACGUGAGUGGGGAGGUGGGCGACCGACCCCUUCACCUGGCUGCAGCCAAAGGCUUCCUAGGCCUGGUCCAACUGCUGAUGGGGGGGGGCUGCAAGACAGACGUGAAUGUUCUGGAUAAUGAAGACCACGUGCCUCUUCACCUGUGCUCCCGCUUCGGCCACCAUGAGAUCGUACGGUUCCUACUGACGGGCCACGGUGAAGCCCAGCCACACUCUGUGAACAUCUACGGAGACACACCGCUGCACCUAGCCUGCUACAACGGGAAGUUUGAGGUGGUGAAGGAGAUCAUUCAGCUUUCUGGAACCGAGAGUCUGAUGAAGGAAAACAUCUUCAGUGAAACGGCGUUCCACAGUGCGUGCACCUAUGGUAGAAACCUGGACAUGGUCAAGUUCCUCUUGACCCAAAGCCCCAUGAGCAUCAACCAUCAAGGCAGAGAUGGACACACGGCCCUGCACAGCGCCUGCUUCCACGGCCACAUCCGCGUGGUGCAGUUCCUCUUGGACAGCGGGGCGGACAUGAACCUAGUGGCCUGCGACCCCACCCGCUCCAGCGGGGAGAAGGAGGAGCAGACCUGUCUAAUGUGGGCCUAUGAGAAAGGUCACGAUGCCAUUGUGACCCUGCUGAAACAUUACAAGCGCCCGGACGAUUCCCCGUGUAAUGAGUACUCCCAGCCAGGAGGGGAUGGCUCCUACGUGUCAGUCCCGUCCCCUCUGGGAAAGAUCAAGAGCAUGACUAAAGAGAAGGCUGAUGUUCUUCUACUCCGGGCCAGUCUGCCGUCUCAUUUCCACCUUCAGCUCUCGGAUCUGGAGUUCAAUGAAAUCAUUGGUUCAGGCUCCUUCGGCAAGGUCUACCGAGGGAAAUGCCGGAGCAAAGUUGUCGCCAUUAAACGCUACCGAGCCAACACCUACUGCUCCAAGUCGGACGUGGACAUGUUCUGCCGCGAGGUGUCCAUCCUCUGCCGGCUCAACCACCCGUGUGUCAUCCAGUUUGUGGGGGCGUGCCUGGACGACCCCAGCCAGUUCGCUAUCGUCACCCAGUAUGUGUCCGGGGGAUCCCUGUUCUCCCUCCUCCACGAGCAGAAGAGGCUGAUUGACUUGCAGUCCAAGCUGGUCAUCGCCAUCGACGUGGCCAAGGGCAUGGAGUACCUGCACAACCUCACCCAGCCAAUCAUACAUCGGGACCUCAACAGCCACAACAUCCUGCUCUACGAGGACGGACACGCAGUGGUGGCUGAUUUCGGGGAAUCCAGGUUCCUGCUGUCGGUGGCGCAGGACAACAUGACCAAGCAGCCAGGGAACUUGCGGUGGAUGGCUCCAGAGGUGUUCACGCAGUGCACGCGCUACACGGUGAAGGCAGACAUGUUCAGCUACGCCCUGUGUCUCUGGGAGCUGCUGACUGGGGAAGUCCCUUUUGCCCACCUGAAGCCUGCGGCCGCGGCUGCAGACAUGGCCUACCAUCUGAUCCGGCCUCCCAUUGGCUACUCCAUCCCCAAGCCCAUCUCAGCACUCCUGAUGCGGGGAUGGAACGCCUCUCCAGAGGACCGACCUGAGUUCUCGGAGGUGGUGAGCAGCCUGGAGGAAUGCCUCUGCAAUAUUGAGCUCAUGUCUCCGGCCUCCAGCAACAGCAGUGGCUCUCUGUCCCCGUCCUCCUCGUCCGACUGCCUGCUGGGUCGGGGCGGACCCGGCCGGAGCCACGUGGCCGCCCUGCGCUCCCGCUUCGAGCUGGAGUACGCCCUGAACGCCCGGGCCUACGCCGUCUGGACCCAGAGCGAGCAGCGCCGUGCGUCUGGAGGUUUGUCCCUGGAGGAACUGCGAAGGAACAUGCAGUUUGCACCCAUCGACCGCAACGGUUACGUGUCUGAUCCCAUGAGCACCAUGAGGUUCCACUCGUCCUGCAGCAGCAGUGGCAGCUUCGAAGACAGCAACUAAC